GUGACAACAGGGCCGCGUAGAGUGUCGGGAAGAUGCCCAAAGAGCCGCUGUGAUGACAUCAAUCACCACAGAUGCUGCCGUCAUCUCCAUGAGUGACGCUGAUCGGACGCAUUGAGGUGAGGGAGGGGACGCAGGAGGGAUUCAUGGAAUCAGCAAUGACCGUCUGUGUGGUCUCUGUGUGUGUGUGGCAGAUUUGACGCCUUUUGAGUAUCGUUGUGCGGUUGAGCGGGAGAGGGGGAGAGCACUCAGUGAGACCAUCAUGGGCAGCAAAGCAACCAAGGUACGGGAAGCGAAACCAGGCUGCUCGGAUGUUGACAGAUCGAUGAGGCGCCGCAGAUCCAUUCACUGAUGUGAUGAUCCGUGAUGUGUCUGUUUGUGAGUGGGCAGAUCAUGUCGGCUGCUGCUGCUGGGGCUGGUGGCUCUGUGGCUGACGAGCCGUCCUCGUCGGCUGCGCCUGCCGCCAAUGGCAACCAACAAGUUCGCUGCAGAAGGACACGACAAUGCCGGCACACAGCUGUCUGUGUGUGUUGGGCUGCAGGUGCGGUCAGUGCACCUUCUGCCAACCACCACCACCAGCACCAGCAGCAUGAUCGCCUUAUCGGUGCCGCUGACGUGCCGCAAGAUGUCGCCCCGACGGUUGCCGAGUACGUCAGGAGUUACGCACAGCUGGAGGCCCUCGUCGACGGCCAUCCCACCCAAUUCACCGCCGCCGUCCUCACACGACUCCUGCCCAUCCUGCAGCGGCUGCUGGGCACGCUGCUGGCCUCUCUCGGCCUCGGUGGCUUCCUGGUGUGCCUCAUCCCCCAGCUGCCCCUCCCUGCGGCACUCAGCCACGGCUGCUGCACCGCAUACCUCAUCCAACAGCUCACACGCCGACUGUUCAUGCUCGAGAGGGGCGGCAAUUGGGCCAGAUGGCGGCCUCAUCUGGAGAUGCUGUACUUGCUGCAAGGCAAUAGGCCUGUGGUGCUGGGCGAUGGCAACUUCGGUGUGUUCGGCAGCCGGGCGGCCUUCAUCGGCGAGACGGAGGCCGUCCGGCAGUGGAAGAUACUCAGCCGGGGCGUCAUUGUGAGUCACAGAGGCCAGCAGAGACGACUGAUGGACGGCGACACGAUUCUCCACGAAGGUGUCUUUGUCGCACGUCCAGCCCGUUCCGCCCCCGCCCUCCUCCCUUCUGCCAGCCCCCUUUUCCCUCACGUACCAUUUGACCCCGCCGAUCCGCCCACUAAGAUGAACGGCUUGACGCACCCAAACUACACCUCAAUGGUGGCAAUCGUCCUGUUCUACUGGCUGGUCGGUUGCGGCCACAUCCCUUGGAUCAGGUCCUGGAUGUGGAACCCUCAAGCCUCUCGUCCCUGGUGGUCUGACAGUAGUUCCUCUUCUGCCUCCCGGCGUGUGAGAGGGCUGCUGUCGGCCCCUCCCAGCAAAGUGGCACAGAGGGGGGCGGGAGUGGCUUUGUUCGACGGGAAGUUGCAGUGGUGGGGGGGGCAUCAGCGGCUGGUGGUGCUGGGCAGUGAGGCGAUGGGCGAGGGGCACAUGGCACUCAUUUGGCUGGGCGAUUGGUGGUUUGACCGCAGGGUCAGCAUCUACUCAACCGAGUCGUUCCCCCACGACAAGACGCGCACUGCCGUGAUGGGUGUGCUGGGGGAGGAGGAAGAGCAAUUAGGUAGAUAGUAUAUGGUGUGCUGGAGGGCCUUCGCCGCCAGUCAUUGUACAGAUUGAUUUCGAUCAAGAGGAUGAGACAGACAGACAGACAGACAUCGGGUGUUCCUUCCUUUGCAAACCGCAUGGAAAGACUGUGUGUACCAGUUGGAAACAAAGGCUCUUGUGACGUUCGGCAUCAUGGUGGACGGGUGACUUCAAAUUGAGUGACUGCCGGGCUUCCGCUGACUGAGUGGUUGUAUGUGUGUGGCCAUCCAUGGUGAACUCACGAAGACUGCUCGACUGGCCGGCCAUAUGUGUGGUCUUCAUGGACUCUCUCUCUCUCUCUGUGUGUGUCGCUGUGUGUGUGUCGAUGUGUGUGUGAAUGUGUGGUGACUUCCUGUGACUGAGUCGACUCGUGUGCAUCAUGUUGAUCAGUGUUCGUCGAG